CUGAUGACGUUCGCCUUGUUGGAGAGCUGUUAUUAUUUUGUUCUUCUUCUUGAGUUUCACGCGAUAAGCUUAGAAUUCGUGUUUGCCAAUGAGAUCGUCUCAUCUUCCGAUAGUGACUAUGUGGUCGGCGGCCGAUGGAAACCAGCGAAUCAUUUUACUUGUGCGUGCGAUUAAAACACAGCGCACGUUUGCCCGCUGUUUUAAAGCUUCAUAAUGUAAAGAGAAGCUAGCUUCAACCCUCUGGACAUAAAGAAAGACAGCCAUUUUGACGUUGCAGGUUAGGUUGCAGCCAUGUUAGUGCGAGGUAUUUUCUUCAGCCUUACCUAUGUGUUGAGUUCAAUGUCUCCCUCAAUAAGCCAGGUAGCAGGAGAAAGCGGAGGAUAUUAUUUCCUCGGCGAACUAAAGUCGCAUGCUGAAUAUGAACCAUGGAAUUGGCUUGCCAAUGCCACUCUGCAAUUCUAUUUCAAAACUUGGAGCAAAUCUAAAAUGAUGAUGUUUUAUCAAGAGGAGAAAACACACGGCCAGCACAUGGAUUUAUUCUUGAUAAAGGGGAAACUUCGACUUCGCGUUAAGAUGGGACAAAACAUGGCUUCUAUCCAAAAGCGGUUUAUUGAGGAUAAAAUGGAUUUCGACGACUCGGGGUGGCAUGAAGUUAAAAUUGAGUUGUCUGGGAGCGAAAUACGUUUUUUUGUUAAUUCAACUGAUGGAAACGUAUACAGCGCAGAUCCAAUUCCAUACACAGAGUAUAAUCCGUCUACCACUAGCCACCAAAACAUCGAGUCUCUCCUAAUCGCUGGUCUUCCUUUUAGAAAGGGAUUUAAAGGGUCUGAAAUGUCCUAUCCAAGUUUUUUCAACGAAUUCUACGGAGGGAAUCCCUUCAGCUUCCAAGGAUGUAUUGGCAAUAUCAGAUUCAACCGAAUUCCAAAUGGUCGCUUAGAGCAAGCGAAACUUCUAACUAGUCCAAGUGAGGCGGAGAACAACUGCACUGGAGCAUGCGCAGAACGGCCUCAAAGAUGUGCCAAUGGAGGUCGAUGCGUCGAUUAUAUCAAAUACGCCGAGUGUGACUGCACAGGGAUUGGGUACCAAGGAGGGAGCUGCGAAAAACGUUCCACAACUGUGUAUAUCAAGGAAAAAGGACACAUAUCGUACAGCUUGGGUAUCGACAGUCCCUUACGUUCAACAGAAAGGAACGCAUUAGACUUUCUAUUUCUAACAAAUAAAGCAACCGACGGUGUUUUCUUUUACAUGAGAGGGAAUAAGGAUCACUUGCUUGUAGAGCUUGUCAAUGGGAGAGUGCGAGCUCAGGCAAACGUUGGAGGAGAUACUAUUGAAGUACAAAGUGGUAAAAGUUCCUUGAACGACAGCUGUUGGCAUUUCGUGGAGGUCAAACGAAGAAGGUCACGAUUGACACUAAUUGUUGACAAAGUCAGAACGAGUGGCAAUUCUUCAACUAAAAAGUUCAAAGAACUGAAUCUAAACAAUCACUCUAAUGUCAUAUACUUCGGUGGUGGACCAGCGAAGAAGAUACGAGAAAAAUCAAAAUCAAAAACACUCUCAUUCAACGGCUAUCUACAGAAGUUUCGAUUUGAAGGAAUGGAUGUUCUUGAAAAUGCAUUGUCAAACACAAAGGGUUUUUCUGGCACCGAGGUAAAUCGUAUAUCGUCGAGUAACACAAAUCUGAUAGACGCGCAAAUGAACUGUAAGCAGCCUGAUGAUGUUUCAGGCGACUGCUCCAAUGAUGACGACGACUCAGAAAUUUGUGCGACGUCGACACCGACACCCACCGCCAAACUGAUAACCACAGAGCCUGAGACUUCGGUACCAUCACGUGACCCUCCCGGUGGACCAAAGACCCAGGCAACGGUGGUUGCAAAAUUUCGAAACCCAACACCGAGACCCAGAGGCGUGUCCGCUUGGGUUAUCAUUGUAAUAGUACUCGGAGCAAUGGGUAUCGUCUUCAUCGUGGUAUUUUUACUUUACCGCUGGAAUCAUCGCUAUUCGGGCUCAUUUAAACCCAGUAAAAAUGAAGAGGGACAAAUUCAAGAGCCUGGGUCGGACUCAACUGAGCAGCAAUCCCGGACGUACAAUCAACCAGCGUUUUUCGUAUACAAGCCUCCUUUGAAAAAACCUACCGCUGAUAGUCCAGUGUCGAUUUAGAAGCGCAGUGUAUAAAACAGAGCACGUGGGGCUGAUUGCCAACAUUCUGCAUUGGUAUGAAGUGACAAUGGCGUCACAUUCAAGAAAUCUGAGAAGAUUACUACGUAUAUGCAUGAAAAAUUGGAUGGAUCGACAAUUUCACAGAGAAAUUGUGAACUACAGAGCAAAAGUACUCUCGAACAUUUGAUUUUCCUUGACUUCAAAAUCUGAUAAACGAUUUUUUCCAAAUGAUGGCUACAUCCCUUUGUUGGCAAAUGCUGACAAUUUGGUACAAUAUUUAAACAGUUGACCGUUUCCUUCAUUCUCGUUUGCUGUCUUUUAGACAGAGUAUUGAAUUGGAAGGAAAGCUAAGGCACUGAUCCGCUAAAGGAGUGAAAGAAAUCCCAAUUUCUCUGGAUAAAUACUGCAACUUUGAACAAAAGGGCGGAGUAUUCCUUAUGUUCAAAUACAAAAAAUGUGGUAGAAAAAUUUGGUGGGAUAUCUAAUGACGUUUAGAAAUUAUAUAUCUACUGUUACAUCUAUCAAAUUUUAACCCAAUUAUUUCUGAAGGAACUUCAGAGAGUUGAAAAGGCUUCAUUUAACUAUAUAGCCUGCCAUUUGAAACUAUGCGUUGUUAUGCUUGCAUUUAUCACAAAAAGAAAGCAAAACAGGUAGGUUACAAAACAAAUCGACCGUUUGAUAUUAGAAUUUGACCAAAAAAAAACCAUUCUUUUCUUCCGGACUGUAGGCGUAUUGAGAUUGUCAGAUGACAGAAAACCUUAGCCGUCCUAUUUCAUUAUGUAUGGAACGGCAAUAAGAUUUUCUUCUCCGAUUCCUUUAUAAAUAUCAAUUGAAUUUAUAUAGCAAUAUUUGAGUUGUGCCCACUGACUGAAGUUUCUUUCGGUGGAUUCAAAACGUUUGUAAAACUUUUACUCCAAUGAACUUUCACUGGUUGGUCUGAUUUAUGAAAAGAAAGAAACAAAAUGAAACGAGGCAACCUCCGGCUAAAAUUGUAUUGUUCUAAUACGUUUAAUAGGUAAGUGUGCAUUCAAUUUGACAACAAAGCUUUGUAA